UAUUCAAGCGAAGGAUGCAGCUUUGUUUCCGUAGUAACAGAUAACUUUACUGCCACCGGGGUGGUAUGGACGAGCUCGGUAACGGCUGCACAUAGCAUCCAUAUCCAAUGCACCGGAAGCUGCACAUGAAAGCUCCUAUAUAUAUAUAUAUAUAUAUAUAUAUAUAUAUUACAAGGAUUGGAAGAACCAGUGCAGCUGUGGGGAGACUAUAACUCCCAGCAUACCCUGGCAGCCUGCAGCCCCCUAGUUGUAGUUUAUAUGUAUGCACCUGCAGCCCCCUCCUUUGUCCAGUUUGAGCUCAUGCUUUGUGUUUCUUCUUGUAGAUCACGCCCCUAGAGAUGACCAUGAAAUAUUUCUAACCAUGCAGAAUAUAAAGGAGGAGCCCGUGGAUGCUGGUGCAGUCAGCGGCAGAUCACAAGAACAGUACUAUUCUUAUCUAGAAGACACUGACUUCAAGCAAGAGAAUGCCCCUGAGCUGGAGGGUGGGGUGGAUGGCGAGAUCAGAAUAGUGUCGAUAGAAAGUGCAAAGGAAGCCAACAACUGGGUUGACCAUGACGUCAAAUCACUGCUCAGUGUAUGGUCAGAUGACAGAAUCCCCCAUCAGCUGAAAGAAGCUGAUGAGAACUUUGUGGGUGGCAGUGAAGCUCAAGUAUUUGCUUUACGAAACAAGAGGAGGGGAUGUCAGAAUGAUCAUCAAGUUCCAUCGAAAAAAACGAUUUCUGCUGACAUAAGAAGUCGUGUUCCCGUUGAACUCUCAUCAGGGAUCCAUGCCAGUGAGGAAGUAGGCGGGAUUCAAGAAGUACAGAACUUUAUUGAUCAGCACAGUGUCUGUUUCAAGGAUCAGUCAGAACACCACAGAUAUAAACCUCAGAUGUCGCACCUGCCGACACGGCUUACCGGAGACAGCAUUCUUCAUCGAUUAAGCAAGCGUGGCCACCCCUCCUCUGGCAGGCUGAGGAAGGUCUGUAAAAAUAUCAUAUGUUUGCCUGCUGAAUACCCAGAGGAUUACUGCACAUACAGAGUUCCCCGGGGGACGGAGAGAGAACAGCUUGCCAUGCUGGGACUGGUGGGGAAGAUCCUCAUACAUUCCUCCUGGAACUUUGAGAAUUUCAGGACUGAAGUGAUUACCCUUUUCCGAAAGUGUUUUUCAUGUUCAGACGAGGAGUUUUCAUUUGAUUUCCUCCAGUGUCUACCAGGGAAUCGGAAACUGAUCAAACCAAAUGUGUCUGCAACUUUUAAAUGGAGUGGUGUCGCUAUAAUAAGCCUGGCUGCACAGGGCUCAUUGUAUGUCAAAACGCCACACACACUUGCCGCACCUGCACAGAAUAUGUUCUUCAAUACCAAGCGACGUCUUCCUGAUGCUGAGAGUGAAAAUAUUGCUUCAGACAGACAGAUUGCGGAAAUCAGUCAGCCAGGGGUUUCUCCCCUCAUACACAGCGUAGAUGAGAAGGAGGAUUCUCAACACUGCACUGUAAAAGACCUCAAGGUUCCCCAGCAUCAGACUCUGGCUCAAGAUCACACUGAUGAAACUGCAUCAAAUACAGGCCAGAGACCUACUGAGAACCCAUACCAAGGAAUAACUAAAGAGAUGUGUGACGUUCCUCAGCAUUCUGGAAGUUUACUGACGGAGUCCACAGACAACAUAUCUACAGGGAACACUGCCUCAAAGUACUACGCAGAGGGCAAAUCCUUCAACAUGACCAACAACUUUGUCUUUAAACUUCUGCGAGAUGCAGGUAUCAAGACAGCACUUCCGAGGAAAGUCAGUGAGAACAGAUUUGUCACCUGCGGUUGUGAAAUAAUUCCCAUUACAUGGGGGUGCUGGAGGAUAGCCACGGGCAUGUACCUCAAAAGACAUCCUGAUGCUGAAGGAAGCAGGCUUUACCCUCCCAGGGUAGAGAUGUUUUAUAAGGAUGAUGUCCGUGGUGAUGUUGUGUGUUCAACAAAGCAAUUAUUGGCCUCAAAGAUGAACUCUGCAGGCCUUUCCAUUGGUCAGUCUGAAAUUGACAUCAUAAAUCACAGUGUGGUGGCCAUGUUUGAAAUUUUGGAAAAAGCUUGUUUGGCUGCUGACUUCAUUCUUGUGAACAUAAAGGUUCAGUUUGGUGUGGACCUGGACAAUAAAGAAAUUGUCCUCGCAGACGUCAUUGAAUAUAAUUGCUGGCACCAGAGUCAAUUAGAAGACAAAGGGCAACAGGAUGACAAGCAAAAUCCGUUAAGUCAGAGAGGCCAAGGAAGAGUAGUUGUCCUGAUGGAAUCCACAUCAUACCUUGUGCAUUGUGAACAAAUUAAGGCAUCAUGUGCAAAGUACAAUAUCCCAUGUGAGCUAAGGGUGUCGUCUGCAUAUAGCGGACCCGGGGAGACGCUGGAUAUAAAAUCACAAUACGAAGGAGAUGGCACUCCUACAGUUUUUAUUACUGUAGCCGGAAGAAGUACCGGUUUGGCAUCUGUACUUUCUGCUAACACUGCCUAUCCUGUCAUUAACUGCCCGGCUUUAACGGCAGAUUGGAGAGCUCAAGAUAUGUGGUCUGCCCUCAGCGUCCCAGAGAAUCUUGGAUUUUGCACUGUGUUGUCUCCUCAAGCAGCAGCUCAGUUUUCUGCCCAUAUCUUAGGACUAAGUAGCCACCAGUUAUGGUCCAAGCUGCGCUCCUGCACUCUUAACAAGUGGAUCUCUGUGAAACAAGAGGAUGAGAAGCUGAGGGACAGCAGCAUGUGAUGUCCGUCUUCACUAUAACAAUAUCUCCAGACUGUAGAGUUGUAUGCAUUUCUAUUUGGAUAUUACUUGAUUAGACUGACAGAGAUGUAAGGACUCCCAAACCCAGUCUCUGCCUUCUGUCUCCAGAGGGGUGAUGGGAAAUACUUGGUGCACCAUUUAUAUUUAUUGCUUUUAUAUUUAAUAUCUUGUAAAUUUCUCAUAGUAACAUUUUUCAAUAAACCAUAAAACAUUUUUCUUGUACCACCA